CAUUAGCAGGAGUGUUUAGGGAGCUCUAGUUUCUUAAAGAUAACUGAUAUUGGGAUGAAAUGAGCUCAAAUAUAGAGUGAAACGAGUCAGAUGAUUCAUACAGCUGGCCUCAGCUAGUUUCGGAUUGACAAGUAUGAGUAGUUAUUGAAUGAUUUCAUUGCAAUACUCAAUAAUUUGGAGUUCUUUAAGACUAGAGGUUCUCUAUAUUGUCUAUCGGGCAUACAAGUCUCUAAAACAGACUUAAAAACUCCUAGCAAAACACCUGGACCAAAUGAAUGUCAAGAUUAGUUUCUUAGAAAGUGGAGGAUGUUGAGGUUGCUUAAAGAAUUGGUUUCUGCUUAUUACUGCUGAGCUUUGGGUUGAGCAACUUUUAUCACAAUGGCAACCUUAUAUCGCAGUGGGGCUUUUAGAAGAUCGAACGAUAGAGGCAGACUUGUUAUAACAACAAUCAUGGGAAUGGUUUUUGGAUAUUUUAUUGGCAUUUCAUCUCCAUAUGUUUCUCUAACAAAGAUUACUUUACCUUCAAGUCUAAUGUCAUCUCUUGAUGUAGCCUUUGGUGAUGACCAUCGUAGACCUUCAAUUGAACGCUUUUUUCCAGAGAAUCUGGUAAAUCCAAAGAUAUAUGUUCCAACAAAUCCUCGUGGUGCAGAGUCAUUGCCACCAAGAAUUGUUGUCUCCGAAUCAGAUUUUUACUUGAGAAGGUUGUGGGGUGAACCAAGUAAGGAUCUAACAAAUAAGCCAAAGUACUUGGUGACAUUUACUGUUGGUUUGAGUCAAAUGAACAACAUUGAUGCAGCUGUUACAAAGUUUUCAGAGGAUUUUCAAAUUUUACUUUUCCAUUAUGAUGGUCGAACGAGUGAAUGGGAUCAAUUUGAGUGGUCCAAGCGAGCAAUUCACGUCAGCGUGAGGAAACAGACCAAAUGGUGGUAUGCAAAGAGAUUUUUACAUCCUGAUGUAGUAGCCGCCUAUGAUUACAUAUUUAUAUGGGAUGAAGACCUUGGAGUUGAGCAUUUCAAUGCAGAGAAGUAUAUUAGACUAGUUAAAAAACAUGGCCUUGAGAUUUCUCAGCCUGCUCUUGAACCCAACAGUGGAUUGACAUGGCAGAUGACUAAGAGGAGGGAUGAUAGAGAAGUUCACAAGAGUACAGAUGAGAAACCAGGCUGGUGCAGCAAUCCACGUUUGCCUCCUUGUGCAGCUUUUGUGGAAAUAAUGGCUCCUGUGUUCUCUCGAGAAGCAUGGCAAUGUGUUUGGCAUAUGAUUCAGAAUGAUUUGGUGCAUGGAUGGGGAUUGGAUUUCGCAUUGAGAAGAUGUGUAGAGCCUGCUCAUGAAAAAAUUGGUGUUGUUGAUUCACAGUGGAUUGUGCAUCAGUUUGUUCCUUCUCUAGGGAAUCAGGGUGAGUCUGAAAAUGGUAAAGCUCCUUGGGAAGGGGUAAGAGAAAGGUGUACAAAUGAGUGGGCUAUGUUCCAAGAUCGUUUAGCCAAUGCAGAUGAAUCUUAUUUUGUCCAGCAUGGAAAGAGUAGAGUAUAACACUUCUGCAACUGUUUUUGCUUUUGAACGUUGUUUCUUUUUCUCUCUUUUUUGCUUUUUUUGGAGGGAUAUCUAAUUCUUUUUACCAUUAUCUCUUUUUUGUUUUAAUUCUUUUUACUAGUACUAGUAGAAUAGCCAUAUGGUCAACAAUUUGAUACUGAAGGUGUCUUGUCUUGUGCAUAGACACUACCACCAGACUUUUCAAGAAAUUUUGUGCACUUUGUUAUC